UCCCCCUAGCCUUUUCUCCUCCUGCUGUCUUCUUCACCUCCUCACUAUCCCUCUCCAGCCUCUUCUUUCCUCCCCUUCUCAUUCCGUAUAGAGCUAGCAGAACUAGCAAAUGCUAGUACUGUGGGGUUUAUAAUGGGAGCAGAGGCUAACAGAGCUAGCUCUGAGGCUAAUUCUCGUAUUGUGGGGUUUGUAAUGGGAGCAGAGGCUAGCAGAGCUAGCUCUGAGGCAAAUGCUAACAGCACUGUGGGAAGUGGGAGGGGGAGGCUAGCCCACAGAGGGAGGCACAAACAGCCAGCACUGAGCAUGGAGAUGCAUUCACUCGUACACUGCUAAACACAGAAUACUGCAGCCUGCGCACAGAGGGCGAGAGAAAGAGAGAGAGAGAGAGAGAGAGAGAGAGAGAGAGAGAGAGAGAGAGAGAGAGAGAGAGAGAGAGAGAGAGAGACACACACCAAAGGGGGGAAAGAGAAGAGGCAUGGUUCGCAAUCAGGUGGUGACCCAGUGCUCUAUAUAGAAAUAGAGAGAAGAAGAAGAAGAAGAAGAAGAAGAAGAAGAAGAAGAAGAAGAAGAAGAAAACGACAGAAGGAUGGUUGAAAGAGAAGUUGAGAGGAGCCAACUUGACCCCUGACCCCUCCGAAGAGGAAAGGAAAGGAAAAAACAGAUAGAGAGAAGGACAUAAAGACAGAGAGGCCAUCCCUUAAACCCCUAAAGAGGAGUAAUGUCUCGCCGGAGCUCCGUGGGUGAGCUGGUUCCCAGGGACAUCUCUGAAAUCCUAGCCCGGGAAGGCAAGGCCCAACGUGGCCAGAAGAAGACCGGAGGUUCCCUGGGUCAGACCUUCAGCUGGUUGAAAGGAAGCAAGAGAAAGAAGAAUGUCACUAAUGGACAGAACCGGACGGGGGGUGGGAUCGGGACUAAAGAGGGAAACGGAACCAAACAUGGACAUCACCAGAAUAACGAUACACCCAAAGCUGGUCCUAAGGGUCAGGAUGAGCAGAAGAGGUUGACAGUUCACUACACAGCCUCCUCCUCACACUACCAGGAGAAUGUGUUCAUCGAGGGCAGUCGCCCUCAGUACCUAGAGGACCUGCACACUGAGGCACGGGAGGGGUUAAAGAUACUGCAACAAGAAGAAUAUAAUAAUGGAGUGGGCUUUCAGGAUGAUCAGAGUGGCCUCCCAGAACAGGAUGUCAGCUCCAACCACUGGGAUGGAUUUCAGGAGUCCGGAAGCACCGCCGGGAAUUCUGUUACCGCGGCGACCUCCGCUGUAUCGUCAGCCAUGUCCACGAGACCCGUGAUCACGCGCCAAGGCUCCACGUUCAAGCCCCUGAACCCAGUGAAAAGACUAGAGAAAGGGAAGAACAGGAGCAGGAGGACAACUAUCAUGGGCAUACCCCAGCAGGUCCAGAGAGAGCUGGACCUGCACACUGGGUCUGCGUACCAAGUUCCUUCCAAGCUCCCGAACGGCUCUGGAGGACAAGGUAGUGGCAGCCAACCAGACGUGGUCGUCAUCCCCACCAUCGACGGAGAAACCCCUCUAGCCAACCACGAUGGAGCAAAGGCAUCCAGAGAGGAGCAGCUGUUGAGACACCACCUCCAGUCUGUUUACAGGGACGACCAGGGCUUCAGCUACCACAGGGGACUGGACUCUCAUCUCUCCUCCACCCAGAGGCCCAAAUCUCUGGCCGUGCCGGGCUACAUAGUAUGA